CUUGUAUCUUUGCACAGUCGUGGGCCGUGUUACACCCGACAGAUCGGUAUCAGCUUCCUGGUUAGUAGUACACGCUAGACACGUAAACAAAACACUCGAUAAGAAUCAACGGCGAUAUAUCAAACAUGCUUGACAGUGAGAAGUAAACAAGAAUACAACAAUCAUAUCGGCAUGGAAUGCGUUUGCAGUCAGAGUAAAUAUGUUUCGGGUGAGCGUCAUCGUUUUCAUCUGACGUCACUCGGCAGUCAAACAUGUUAGUGUCAAGUACAUGAUAUUGGACAACACACUCACUAAAUUGCAAUCAGAGAUUCUCACUGUGAUCCAUAGGCCUAUUCAUGACAACAUGGCUUCAAUAACAAGUCUCGCGCUGAAAUUGCUCAUUUUCACCGCUUGUUUGCAAAGCGGUGAAGGGCAAUUUGUUAUCACAAAUACCACCUCUGGUCCCGUUGUGGGAGUGAAAACAUCCUUUCCGCCUCUUACGGAUCAACUCGUGACGCGGUACACCGCCAUACCGUACGCUGAACCGCCGACCGGGGAACGGCGAUUUGCCAAGCCCGUGCCAAAAUCUCCCUGGGACGACGUGCUGAACGCCACGGUGUACGGCCCCAGCUGCCCACAACCUGGACUAAACAUAUCAUCUAUGGACGCUUUUCUCCCAAAUACAGACAUGGACGAAGACUGUCUUCUUCUGAACGUGUAUGUGCCUGAUGAUGCUGUGGCCUCCUCUGGACCUCUUCCUGUCAUGAUUUUUAUACACGGAGGAGGUUUUUUUACCGGUCAAGGUAUGUUGUAUGACGGGACAGUCCUGGCGUUACACGGGCAGGUCGUCGUGGUGAAUAUCAACUAUCGUCUUGGACUCUUCGGCUUCCUCAGCACCGGUGACGACUCAGCACCCGGAAACUACGGACUCUGGGACCAACGCCUGGCUAUCCAGUGGGUCAAAGACAACAUCGCAAACUUUGGUGGUGAUCCGGACCAAAUCACCAUCUUUGGUGAGUCGGCCGGUGGGUGGAGCGUGACCUACCAGAUGAUUUCACCACUGAACGACAGGACUCUUUUCCAGCGGGUGAUUGCUGAGAGUGGGGUGGUGUUCCCUAACCUGGUCAUCCCGGCCACUGUGGCUCGGUUUCAGGCGUUUACCCUCGGCUCAAUCCUCGGGUGUAACCUACCAGCCGUCAGUACAUCCCGUGAGCUUGUCAGCUGCCUCCGAGGGAUCAGCGUGGAGACUCUACUAACUCAAACUUACACCGUGCAAUCGUCAGCAACAAUUGACGGAGAGUUCCUCCCUGCCAACAUCAACACGCUCCUUGCCCAUCCCCGUGUUACACAGUACGAUCUCAUCAUGGGCUUCAAUGACCAAGAUGGAAGUGUCUUCCUGAGUCAAGUCAAUACAGAUUACACAGAGGAGGAGCUCAGAGCCGAUAUUCAAUUAUUCUUGUUGACAUGCCAGUGUGAAAACUCGCAGGAAAUCACCAAUGCGGUUUUCGCCUACUACUUCGGCGGACACGAUCUAGAAGACCCCGAUGAAAAUGUGCUGAGAUACCUGGACGUUACCGGUGAUCAGUUCUUCAAGGUUCCCAGUAUCAACUUCUUAACUCGCCAUGCUGAAUCCGCGGCCAACACGAGCACAUAUUUUUACCAAUUCACCUACGAGACGGGGAAGGAGUUCCUCCUUCCGCCAGAAUGGUUGGGUUUGAUUUCAGGGGCACCGCACGCACUGGACAUCUUUUACGUCUUUGGUUUCAUCAAAGCCUUGUAUCCAAACGACACGGACGCAGCCAUCCUUUCCAACAGGACGAUGGAUUAUUGGACCCAGUUUGCACGAUACGGGAAUCCAAAUGGAGCUGGCUUAUCAGCCUUACCGGAGUGGCCAGAUUUUGGAACAGAGAAUGGUUCUUACCUCAUUCUUGACCCUGACUUGAAGACGGGAUAUCGCUUCAAACCAAACAAAGUAGCCUUCUGGAACGACUACAUCCCGACCAUAACCGAGCCUGCAUCUUACAAGAAAACCUGCUCCUACGAAGUACCUGUCAGAAGAGGAACGUCUCUAAAGUCAGACAAUAUGACGGUGCAGGUUACAAGCAAAGGCGGAGAAGUGCUUGGAUCUGUCGUCGGGGCUUUGCGAAUGGCCGACAAGGCGAUGGGAGGGCUAGAGAUCGCUGAAUUCUUGGGAAUUCCUUACGCAAAACCGCCACUCGGCGAACUCCGAUUCAAACCACCAGAAGACAAAGGAAAGUGGGGCGACGAACCGCUUGGAAUUCCGGAGAAGCUACCGCCUGCCUGCCCACAGGACGUCACUCGAGAUCCUUGGAUGGUUCGUCUUGGGUUCAACCAAACUAGCGAGGACUGUCUGACUCUAAACAUCUACGCACCAACUCAAGACCCCAACGACCCUGCUCUGCCGGUCUUGGUUUUCAUUCACGGUGGGGACGCAAAAUACGGCACAUCCUCUGUCUACGAUGCAACCCUACUUGCAUCUCGGGUCAAAGCUGUCGUUGUUGUAAUGAACUACCGUCUAGGGGCUCUUGGUUUCCUGUCGACAGAAAACGAAGCAGCUCCUGGUAAUUACGGGUUGCAUGACAUCCUGGCUGCUCUCAAAUGGGUCAACAAGUUCAUCGGAAGCUUUGGAGGCGAUCCAGAGCGCGUCACAGUCCAAGGCUACGGCUCCGGUGCAGUUCUCGCCCAUUUGCUGACACUCUCUGAGACAGCGAAGGGCUUAUUCAACAGAGCUGUUUUGAUGAGCGCAACUGCUAUAUUCCCACCUGUCGAUAAUCCAGUACUUCCAAGUGUAUCCGAGAGAGCUAAAACUCUGGCAAGCAAACUUGGAUGUCCAACUGAGACCAGUGACAUGAUGGUCAGCUGUCUCCGUGACAAGCCCGCGGCCGACCUUGUGUCCAUUACUAUAAGUGCUCCAUUUGGCCUAGCCUUUCCGACCGUUGUAGACGGUGAUCUCAUCACUGACACACCUCUCGAGAUGCUGAAAGCAGGCCGAAUCAACGACGUUGACAUACUUGUUGGCUUGGCACAGGACGGAUUUGCCGGGGUGGCAUUUGCCUUCACCGGCCUUGAUUGUCCAAGUACCGCCGAAGUCCAGAAGUAUAUAGAAACAGUGAGCACACUUUCUUUCACCAAUGCUGAUAAAACAGCUUUCGCUCUUGUGACGGAAUAUAUUGGAAAGGGUGGACUCGAUGAUGAUUGCCAGACACGUGGAAGUUUCAGACAGUUCAUAAACGACUAUCUGUCAUACUGGAGCACAUUGGAAGCUGCUAGACUCCACGCUGACGCCGGUCACUCUGUCUACUUCUACUCGUUUGAUCUCAAACCACCUGCUCAUCAUUACAAGGGGCUACUUCCACCUCAGGUCGGACCAACGUUUGCAGAUGAUCUUCAGUUCCUGUUUGGAGAUCCGUACAGUCCUCUCGUGGAUGAACUGCAGCUGUCUUACAGGUUGGAAGAUAAGCGGUUCACCCUCGAGCUGAUGGCAUUCUUGAAAAUGUUUACAUACAAUGGAGCUCCGGGGCCUUCGCUUUCUGGCGUAGAGUGGCCAGCAUUCGACUCGGCCAACCUGACUUACAUGUCACUCACCGACUGUCCCCAGGUUCUCUCGGGCAAUGACAACAACUGGCAACAUCUCCUUCGCUUCUGGGCAAGCUACCUACCGUCCAUCACAGCACCUGCCCCUACUCCUGCGGAGCCUACCCCCUGCCCACCGGACCCGGAACCUUGUACCGUCAGUCUGGGUGGGUUGAGGCUUCCCCUUUCUGAGGCUAGUACCGUCAUCGCAGCACUGAUUGGAACGACCGUAGGAGUUGGGGUGUUAGCAAUCAUCUUUUUAGGAGUGUGUGUGGCAAAUAAGGCCAAGGCAAAUGGAGCAGCGAAGAGAAAGAGUUGGAUGAUGCCCGGGGUAGAUCUGACCCACAUAGAAACCAUGCCUGAUGACGAUCCGAUAUUUUAA